AUGAAUCCCAUAAAACGCGAAAAUGAAGAAUCCAUCCAGAGCUCCGCCGCGAAAAGAGGCAAGACGAGACACGAUGACCUUUUCGAGCCUUUCUGGCUAAUACCAGAACACCUCCUCCCUUUCCGCAUACCUCUCAACUCUGUCAUUGAAAGCGGCAUUAAAAUCACUUCUCCCCCUGAGAUGCCGCGCUGGUACUCGCGUGAAGAACGGACAACGAAGAUUGGGAUGGCGCUGAGGAAAAUGUUCCCCGCUUCGGGGGAGAGCACGACGAGUUCGGGGCUAUAUGACUCUGCCUAUGUCUGUGUUACCCUUUUUGGGCGUUACAAGAUUGUUGACUCAAAGGGCGUGCCACUCCUUCCUAGGGAAUAUCUCGCGGACCCGGCCUACGAUACCGAAGUGAAGUUUCUGCAGCUUGUCUUGAGUAUUGUUAAAGGGUUCCUUGAGGAUAUCAUCGCGAAUACCUUUGAAUUUGUCACCAGGCUACACCACUAUUGCGCGGACAGAAGGGCAUGGGAGGUAAAGCUGCUCAAGAAGCUGAAGAGAGAGGGUUUUAUUGUCAUGACUACGGAACAAAUCAAGCGCAUUGAGGAUUGGCGGCGCCAAGAAGACAGAAUUCCACUCGGUAACGGCAUAUAUGACUGGUAUCGUGAGGAUUCGACAACCCUUGGCCGCCUUUAUGAGCCUGCCCAUGGUAUAACGCAAUCGAUUGAACGAGAGGAGCCUCCACCAUUCGUCACGGAUGUACUUGCUACCGUCCGCCGUUUGAAACAGAGAAUUGAAACACUCGAAUCUCCCCAGCAGCCAGAGCAACUACUUAUCGAAUUCGACGACUGUGAUUAUAACAGCGACGGCGCCAUUCACGAGGAAGGAAAACCUCUAUUCAUCCCACCGCCAGGGCCCGACGCUGCCGAAAGAUUCUACCACUGGUGUCUGGAGAGACACGGCCGAUGGGCACGGAAAGGCGCAUUCAGCAGCGCAACAUGUCACGAAGUCUACCAACUAGCCCGUCUUCACGAAGUGAAAUCCAAAGACCCCAAACGCCUGCCGAGGGGCAACCAUGGCCUUAUUUCUGAGCUUACAGGCUACACUGAGCUGAAUCUCUACAGAAACCCAUGGGGCCUGCCUGCUCAUAGUUUAUACGAUGCUAUGAAUGGCUUACACGUCGAUGAUCAGUACUACACCGUGCCGGCGCGCCAGUUCCUCAUUGACCUCGAGUCGUGGUACUUCCGCCAGCCUAAAGAAAUCAAGGAGCGUUUACAGACUAUGGAUCUUCUUGGGUGGUCACUCGGGGCAAAUCUCUCUGGUCGACGCAAUAAGCUUCUUGGCCUGCCGGUUGGUAGAAGUAUGGAGUGA